UCGAGGAAGGGCGGGGUCAACUCUCGCUCGCGCACUCUCCCUCUCCCCGCAGGGCUUUUGUCGGAAGUCGCGCGAGAACAUGUAUUCGGCGCAUGCGCGGCCCAAACAGGCCUGAGGAGAACGAUCCGUGAGGUACAGCUGUUCCCGCUGCUGCCGCCGCCGCCAUCAUGACUACGACGUUGGCCAAGAUCGCCGAGAUAGAGGCCGAGAUGGCCCGCACGCAGAAGAACAAGGCCACAGCGCACCAUCUGGGGCUGUUGAAGGCGCGUCUGGCCAAACUGCGCCGCGAGCUCAUCACUCCCAAAGGAGGAGGAGGGGGCGGCCCAGGAGAAGGUUUUGAUGUUGCAAAGACUGGCGAUGCCCGAAUAGGUUUUGUGGGCUUCCCAUCUGUGGGGAAAUCCACUUUGCUGAGCAAUCUUGCUGGAGUGUACUCAGAAGUUGCAGCCUAUGAGUUCACUACACUGACCACAGUGCCUGGGGUGAUUCGAUACAAAGGAGCAAAAAUACAGCUGCUAGAUCUUCCGGGAAUUAUUGAGGGUGCAAAAGACGGGAAAGGCCGAGGUCGCCAGGUCAUUGCAGUUGCUCGGACUUGCAAUCUUAUUCUGAUCGUUCUUGACGUUCUGAAGCCUCUGGGACAUAAGAAGAUAAUUGAGAACGAGCUGGAAGGCUUCGGGAUACGCCUGAACAGCAAACCUCCCAACAUCGGCUUCAAGAAAAAGGAUAAAGGAGGCAUCAACCUCACCGCCACUUGCCCACAGAGCGAGCUGGAUACUGAAACUGUGAAGAGCAUCUUGGCAGAGUAUAAAAUUCACAAUGCUGAUGUCACGCUGCGUAGUGAUGUUACUGCCGAUGACCUCAUUGACGUGGUUGAAGGGAACAGAGUUUACAUCCCGUGCAUUUAUGUGCUGAACAAAAUUGACCAGAUCUCCAUUGAGGAACUGGACAUAAUUUACAAAGUGCCUCAUUGUGUUCCAAUCUCAGCUCACCACCGGUGGAACUUUGAUGACCUGCUGGAGAAAAUCUGGGACUACCUGAAACUUGUGCGGAUUUACACCAAACCCAAAGGGCAGCUACCUGAUUACACCUCUCCCGUAGUCUUGCCUUACUCUCGGACCACCGUGGAGGAUUUCUGCAUGAAGAUUCAUAAAAACCUCAUUAAAGAGUUUAAAUAUGCACUUGUGUGGGGCUCAUCAGUCAAGCACAAUCCACAGAAAGUUGGAAAGGAUCAUACCCUGGAAGAUGAAGACGUCAUUCAGAUAGUGAAGAAAUAAAAAGCUCUUCUGGCCAGUUUA